UCAACUGUCAUUUACCUGGAAAAAGUCUAUUGCCGGGGUUACAUAUAAUCAACAUACUUAGACUUUUUGAAAUGAUUUAUUGGUUUUUAGUGAAUUUACUUUAGAAUAGUUUAUCAUUUAUGUCUUAGUAUUACUUGUACAUAUUAGCAUUAAUUUCGACAUACAAUGAAACGAUUAUUUCAACUUAAAAAUCAAAAUCUAUUAACGUUUUACACAUUUUAUUCAAUGUUUUUAAUAUGUACUGUUUAUUGUAAAAAGUAAAGUAAGCAACAUUUCCAACAUUUUUACAAUAACAUUGACAGUAUACUAAAUUUUGACGCUCAGGGUAAAGAGUUGAUUUGGUGCAAAAUAAUACACUUGCUCUUGGAAUGUCAGGAAGUGAUAGUCCUACAUUUUUUCACGGACAGCCGUGGUCGAGUUGGAUUGAAAGAAUCGGACGGGACAAACCACUAAGUGACGAUGAAUCGGAAGUUGAGACUACAAGUUCAGUUACACGACUCUCAGUGGACGACAUUGACCUCUAUGGAUUUUGUCCAGAAAGAGAUAGUUUUUACGGAGUAGUUUGCGAAAUAUGCAAUGCCAUAGUCAAACCGCAAGCUUUAAUUCAACAUAUGGAAACGAGACAUCCAUCUGGUAUGGUAAAUCUUCCUCCACCUUCUAAUCCUAUUACUAAAUCUCCUAUGAAGACACCGUACUGUAAAUUAUCUAAGUUAAAGAAAAGUCACUCAACAUCCCAGCUUCAAGUGAACCACGCGUCCAUAAAAAGAAGUGGAGAUCACGACAAUAUCCAGUCUACCAUAUCACUUUCUGCUCCUCAAUCUCCAUUGGAAACUUUAUCAGGACACUCGUCUUUCUGUAACACAGUCGUUUCUUCAAGCCCUAACAAGAGUCCAGUCACAGUGGGACAGACAAAACGGAAAAGAAUCAAAGCAGAUCGUUCUCUGCUCAAAGACAGAGAAUACGAUCCCGACAAACAUUGCGGUGUUUGGAAUGAAGAAACAUCGAAACCAUGUACUCGCUCUCUCACCUGCAAGGCACACACUGUAUCGUUACGACGGACUGUCAGUGGAAGGAGCAAAGCUUUCGACAAGUUAUUAGCGGAGCAUCGAGCUGCCAAGGAGCUUCCUGCUAGACCGGCAAAAUUUACUGUUACUGGCACCGUGACAGUGUCUUCUGACGUAACUAAUCUCAAAUCCUUAAGUUCUAAUACUCCCCUUUCUACAACUGAAACUGAAACCCCUAGUUCGCCGCCUGUUUUAUCACUGCCAGAUACUUACCCACUGCCACAGGCUGUUGAUUUGCUUUAUCGGUGUCUGGCCCCGCAUGGCUCCACUAAACCUACAAAACUGGAAGAUGACUUUGCUAAUGAAGAACUAAGACUGGAAUCAACGUUAGCCAAGUCCACAGCCUCCACAACCGGCAUGACCACAUCAAUAUCAGUUGUCUUACCGUCGCUCUCGCCAAGAUCGUCAAUGACUGAAGAAUCGCCAGUAGCCAUGCUACUUCCAGUCUCUAGCUCUUCGACAAUUCAAAUGGGAACUCCUCUAAUGCCAGUGAGACAACCAAUUGUCACAAUGGCUCUCGAAACCAAUGCGCCUAUGGAGAUCGACUCUGUAAACUCGUCUAUUUAUUCACCCGUUUCAAUGUAUAAGGACAAUUCUCAUCUCGUACUUCAGUUGCCCAGAUCAAGUACUUCCACUCAACAGUCUGUUUCUAGAAAUUAUCAAACUCAAACAUCAGUGUCCGUACUAAAUAUUUUUAAUCCGACGGAACAUCUAGAUUUUCAAAGAAGUCAAAUCAAUGGUAAAAACGAUUACAAUGAGGAUAAUCAGAAUAAUUCUAUGAGUCGUCAAGUUAAAAGAAGCAAGCAUGAUUAUUGUCCAGAAUUCUCAACAGCCAUUCAACUCGAAGCAACUACCACAUCGUCUCCGUAUCCUCACUUUGAGGACAUUUCAUGGUCAAAUUGUCAUCCGGAACCUUUAGCCGUAAGCCGAUGGCUACGUAUUACAUCUAGUCGAAAGCAGUAUAAUUUUAAUAUUCACUGACAUAAAAGCCCUCCCACUCCAGGCUGAAAUUUUUUUACUGCAUUUAUCAUCUACCUCUUAUUACAAUUUCGUUUGUAUAUCUCAAGCCUGUUGAUAAGGGAAUAUCUUAUAUAGAGCCUGGACUAACUUAAAUUCUGCGGGUCAACAUUCGUUGCUUUAGUUCAAAAUAAUACGAAUGCUGAUGAAUUAGAAUAAACAUUAUAACGGAGUCAAAAUUUCUCAACUGGACCACCUAAAACAAACUUUUUAAAUUUGCAUUAUGUUACAUAAUUAUUACAUAAUUUGUUACUGCCGGGUGGUACAAAAACAUUCCCGGAAUGCGUUUCCAAAAAUUUUUAUUUUUCAAUUAGUUAUAAACAAUUAAACUUUAAAGUACCUUUUUCGAAAAUUCACUAUUUCUUCGUUGUUUUUCGAUAGAAUUUAAUAAUAUUUGGUAGAGAUAUGCAAAAAUAAUGCCUCUAUUAACAACAACAAGAAUUUAAAAAAUGCAUAAUUAUUUAUGCAAAAUAAAUUGUUAAUUAUUUAAACAAUUAAAGUUUUAAGUGACUUCUGGAAUAGUUACGAAAAAAAUUAAAAACUACAAAAACCUAUGUUUUCUACUCUUUAAUUUCAAAAAAAAAAAAUUUUAUAGUACCUUUAAAAAUUGAGUAAAUUUCGUUUCAAAUCAUUCUACAGGUCACAAUUCUUGACCGAAACGAUUUUUCUUUUUUUUUUCUAAGUCUUUGUAAUUAAAUUCUCUAUCGAUAUUUGAAUUUUUGUUU